ACAACGUUUAAUAGCACGUAACGUUGCAUAUUAAAGUCGUAGUUAUUUCUAGAAAACAAAUUUAGGUAAAUGCGGCCGUGCGUCAAAACAAGUCACGCGCUACAUAACGUUACGUGUCCGCUUCACGGCUGUAAAGGCAGUUUAGCUAACGUUAGCUUUUGUUGUCAACGCAACGCCUGUGCUUGUCUCACUACUAGCACGCUUAACGGUAGCUAACGUUAAAUUCGUUCACAAAACAAACUCCAAGUUAAAUAAUGUGGAUAUAAAGUAAAUUAUAAUCUCCGUUUGAUUCGUUUUAGACUGACUAAGCUAAUAACGGUUAACACAAUCGAAGUUGGAACACGGAUUUAGGUAUUUGCUAGGUAGCUAACGUUAGCUAGCGUUAACAGUCUUCUCAAUAAUUUGUCAUAUGGCCAACGUUUAGUUUAGAACAUUAAAAACUAAAAUUAUUCGCAUGAAUGAUAUGACUGGUACCGUAACAGACUAAAAUCACAUAUUUAAGGAAUUUACCUCCCUUAAACUUCGUACUUCCUACCUAUAGACUAGUAAGCUCUUCCGCCGGCCAGUGCACUGGCGCUUGUAGAACUUGUAAAUAGCUGACAAGAACUCCGAUGUAUUAUUCUACACAUUACUGUAAAACAGUUUAGAAUCCAAACCUGUGUCAGUUGUUGGUUUCAUUGAUUCUAUUGGUCAUAAUUGAAACCCCCUCUCAUCCGAUUGGCGUGGAGACUUCAACGUCAUGCUAAAUGGGUACUCUUGGGUACACACGGUUGCAUUCAUGUUCACACAGUAAACCAGUUAAUUUAACAACAUGCGUCGUGGUUGUUAUCAAAGAGCUGGGGGCGGAAAUUAAUUGGCUGUUUUAUAUCGAAUUCUCAGCCAUAAAACACGAAGGUGUAAAAUGAGUGAAAUACAUUUCACCGCUACUUGGCAUUCAGGCAGGGGAACACAUUGUGUACUUUCCCGGAUUACUUUCCCAAUCUAGUACCUAAAGGCAACAGGAAUAUGAGAUAAUUUAGUUCUUAAAUUAAUAAAUAUCGUAUGAUUUCAAGUGUGUUUACCACCUUUAAUCCUCGACGUUUAGAUGUAUUUAUUAUGUAUGUAUUUUACUAUGACAGUCCGAACACACGUGUGCCGUCCUCUUUGUUUACCUUUCUACGCCUCUAUGCGUUCACUGGUUACCCCGUUUUUAAAGUCACAUUGCAAUGACUUGUGGGUAAUUCUUUGGGCAUCAUACGGAGAGGGUUCAUACAGGACUCAAAAUGUCUGCCAGACCCAUAUGUCUAUGGCCAGAACGCCCUCAAAUCGGACAGCCCGAAACCCUUCGCGCAGGUAGCUAGCGGGAGCGCGCCUUGGAAUCCGUAAAAUCGGGAUUGGGCCUUAAAGUGAGCGAGGUUCACCGGUGUUCCUUGCGUGCGUGGGAUCAAUAUUUCGUAGGAAUGUCCUUCCGGGACACGUUUCGAUUUACUAGAGAACACAAGGUUUAGCAGUUAACGUGCGCGAGGCCGUGGUUGUGACGUCGGGGAUGCGGGGAAGAAGGUCAUUAGAAGAUGGACAUGGAGGUGGCAGUGAAUGUGUUUCUGCCGAAGCCCACACAAUUGAUCCCCGACGACGGGCUGCUGGCUUGGCUCAAUGACACUUUACAGACGAGCUUCACCAACGCGGAGCAGCUAUGCGGGGGUGGAGCAUUUUGCCAGCUGAUGAACUGGUUGUUUCCCAAGUCCAUAGACCUCUCAAGCGUCCAGUUCCUAUGCAACAACAUGGUGGACGCCAUUCCCAACUACAGAUUACUGAAUGCUGCAUUUAAAAAAGUUGGAGUUUUGCGAUGCAUCCCCAUUGAGGAGCUGAUAAAGAAGGACACGGCAUGGUUUCUGGCCUUCCUAUACUGGUUUAAGGCAUUCUUUGAAAGGAACCUGCACCAGGACAGGAAGUACAAUCCCCUGGAGGCUAGAGGUGGACAGAGCAUGGUUCCUGCUUACUCGGCAGAACCCAAACCCCAAAAAGACAAACUCAUUGAAAAUAGUCCAGAUGUAAUAGUAGUGAUAUCUGAUGAAGAUGACGAUGUGAUGGACUUGACAGCGGAGGAGGAAACUGAGACACAGAAGACGACAGUGGAAGAAGAUUCGAAGGACAAAAGGGUGACGCAAGCAGUAGCAGCAAUGCAGAAAGGAAGUGGCCGCAGCGAUGAUACUUUGUUGCGCUUCGUCAAAAGAUACAGACAUACAAGCGGAGACUCUCAGGUUUCUGGCCCCAUCUUGAGUCCAAACCACCCCACCGACAUUGUAAUGGCGUGCUCCCGCGUGCCGUACUCCCUCUACCUGUAUGUUGGCGUGGAGCUGGGUGGAGGCCAGAACACGAGCGUCGUCCUGGUCGGCUACUUCGACCAGAGCUCAGGGGUCAGCGUGGUAAAGCCGCUGCUCACGUUGCAGUUGAGCGUCGAUGCCGUAGACAAACCGCAAACCACAGCGGACGCCGUCCCCAACGCAGCCGCUGCCGACGCCCGCCUUCUGAUCGAGAAGCUGAAGAAAUGUGGUCUCCUCCUGUCCAAAGUUGUCACGUUCUACUGUAACGCUCCACACCCCGGGGUGAGCCGGGUGUUUGUAUCCAUGCUCCAGGCGUACAACCCAAAGUUGAUGUCACUCUGCGGCCUCCCCGACGUGGCAGAGAGAGCCUGCCAGGCGGGACUCCUGGCUUCCUUCAGUUGCGUGGUUGACCUGGUUAGAGACAUCCACGAUCUCCUGCACACCUACCCACCCGUCAGCGACGAUCUGAAAGGGCUGUUUCUGGAGCCGUACAACCCAUCCCGUCCUGUGCAGGUUUUGUUCACCACCCACUCUGUGCAGAGGAUCGCAAGCAGCUGGAGGCCUCUAGUAGACUAUUUGAAGUCACUGAAGCAAGCGGACGAGCGCAUCAGAACCCAGCUGAUGGAUCAUAAAGUUAAACUUCGCUUCAUCUUCCUCUCCCACAUGUUGGAGCCCCUCCAAGCUCUCCAAAAAUUGCAGGAGUGCGGCACCAGCGUGGUAGCCGAGGUUCAGCUGACGGCCAUGCUGGUUCGCUUCUACGCGACCAAUCUCCUCCGGCCCUCUGUCGCCGAGCACUUUUUCACAAUGCGAGACGUGAGGGUCUUACAAGAUGGCACAAAGCUGCUCCCAAUAACUGAGGUGCAAGUCGGGGCUCGUGCCAGAGAAUUCCUUUGGGCCACCGCAGUCGUCGAUCUGGGAGAACAGGAGAGGAGGGACUUCCUGAAGGACGCCGCGACUUUCUAUAAAGCAGCACUCGAGUGUUUAGUGGAGAGUCUUCCUCGGCACCUCGGAGAGGUUGUACUGACUAAUAUCUACACGGUGCUGAAACAUUCUGGAAGUAUACGCGGUAACACACUGUCCAGGAAUGUGCUGUACGAGUUGGGCUUUCAGCUGGGUCUGUUCAAAUGUGGGCUUUCAGAGAAGCAUCAGCUGGCGUACGACUACCAUAAACUCAUCAAGACGGUGAAAGGGGAGCAUGGCUGGCAAAAGAUCUUGGAUGCCACCAGACCACACUCGGCUCUGCGUAUGCUCUUCCUGACCGUCCUGGCCCUGCCGAGCUCUCUGGGCCGGACGCAGGUGUUUGAUAAAGUGUUCAAAAGGGCUCCUCCUCCCAGCAAGUUGAUCCCUGCAGCCUUAUCGCAGUUCCGCUGUUUGGCAGAAGAACCGCUUAUCAGUAAACUAAGGAACUCUGUCCAGGUCGUUAGAAGUGACAAGAAGAACCAAGAGGCCUUGUCAGAGGAUGGGGAUUGUGUUGAGGUGGCCAAAGCCAGUUUCCAUCUUCUUUCCCAAGCCUCCAGCCGAGUGGAGGACUCUGACUACACAGACAAUUCCUCCGAUGUGGUUGAUACCACAGAGGUUUUCGAAACAAGUCCAUCUGCAAGUCCAAUGAAAACAGCAAGUGAAAGAACUCCACAGUCUGCAUUCGUUGAGGUCCUUGUUGAUCGGGAUGAUGGCGGGAUUUCAACAAGCACACCACCUAACUCAGGACAAUUGCUGCACGUGAUAGGGGAGCUGGUCUGGGGUCAAGUGGAUGGUUUCUCUCCCUGGCCAGCCAUCAUACGCUGCAGCGGAGGGGAGCAACUCCCAGACACUGGGAUGGUUGAGUGGUACGGACAAAACAUGUCCUCUCAAGUCAGUUUAAAGGCCCUGAAACCAUUUGCUGCCUUCGCCCAGCACUUCUGUUCUAACUCCUUUGCCAUCCUCAUCACCUACCGAGAAGCCCUCUUCACGUCUCUGCAGGAGGCCGCUCUACGUUGUAAGAAGGAUUUCUCUGAAUUUGUUGGGGACCGAGAUGAGCUGCUGAAACACAUGCUGGACUGGGCUUUAGGAGGAUUUCAGCCAACGGGCCCAGAUGGACUCAAACCAACAGAUGUCCCAAACGAUGUUACUCAGAGGGGCAAAAGAGCAAAACCUCUCAGCUCCUCCGGCCCAAGGAGCAGAACCAGCAACACCAUCAGGACUAAGCCAACAGAAAAGUCAGUCUCUGAUAGAAAACUGUCACGCAACUCCAAGGAGAAGUUGUCUCCAGGGAGUGGAGGUGAAAGUGCAUCGGAGGAAGGAUUUGAUUCUGCAGAAAGAAGCACUAAAAGAGUCCAUGGAGGAGGGGAGGGGGAGAGAGAUGACUGGGGAGGACAAUGGGAGAAGGAGAGAGGAAAGGGGAAGGGAGGGAAGGCUCAGAAGAAGAAAAGCAGUCCAUUUGAUGGAUUUGAUGAUGACAUGUCACCGGACUUUUUGCCCUACAAGAAGAAGACCAUCAACAAACCUUACAAUAAGGUCAACCAGACGACCAGUGCGUACACCCAGCCGGACCAGGAACUCAGAGAGAAUAUCAUCCGUACAAUCAUGGAGAAGAAGCUUGACAUCGAAGGCUUCUGUUUGUGUUGUGGGACCAAAGACGUUGACAUAUUCCACCCUCUGUUUAAAGGCAGCCUCUGCUCCAUGUGUAAAGAUAACUUAAAAGAAACCCUGUAUUGCUUUGAUGAUGAUGGAUAUCAAUCGUAUUGUACCAUCUGCUGCUAUGGACUGGAGGUCCUACUGUGUGGCAAUGAUAGCUGCGGCAGAUGUUAUUGCACAGACUGCCUGAACAUCCUUGUGGGUCCCGGGACGUUCGAUUCAUUGAAGGCUGUGGACCCGUGGAUCUGCUACUUGUGUCAGCCUCAUAAACCCCACGGCGCUCUGAUCCCCAGAGAGGACUGGAGCAUUCGUGUUCAGGAGUUAUUCGCCAACACCAGUGCCAUGGAGUUUGAGCCUCACCGUGUUUACCCGUCCAUCCCUGCAAACCUGCGCAGACCAGUCCGAGUUCUCUCACUGUUUGAUGGCAUAGCAACUGGCUACUUUGUGCUGAAGGAACUCGGUUUCAAAGUCGAGGCAUAUGUUGCUUCAGAGAUCUGUGAAGAUUCGCUUGCCGUGGCGACCAUCAACCACGAUGGGAAGAUCCACCAUGUUGGUGACGCCCGGUUCAUCACCCACGAACACAUCAAUGAGUGGGGUCCAUUUGAUUUGCUGAUCGGAGGCAGCCCCUGUAACGACCUCUCUAUUGUCAACCCGUUGAGAAAAGGCGUUUACGAGGGCACUGGCAGGCUCUUCUUUGAAUACUACAGGAUCCUUCAGCUUCUGAAGCCCAAAGAGGAAGACCCACGGCCAUUCUUCUGGCUGUUUGAGAACGUGGUCUUCAUGAACACGCACGACAAAGUCAACAUCUGCCGCUUCCUCGAGUGCAACCCCGUGCUGGUGAAUGCAGUCAAUGUCAGCCCUGCUCACAGAGCCCGUUGCUUCUGGGGAAACAUUCCGGGGAUGAGCAGGCCCAUUACAGCGUCCCAGAACGACAAGCUGAAUCUCCAGGACUGUUUAGAGAUUGGUAGAAAAGCAAGGGUCUCUAAGGUGAGGACGAUCACCACCAAUCCAAACUCUCUGAAGCAGGGAAAGGGUGUCAAUUCCCUGCUGCCUGUCCUCCAUAAUGGCAAAGAGGACAACCUCUGGAUCACGGAGCUAGAAAGGAUAUUUGGGUUCCCCAAACAUUAUACCGAUGUGAGAAACAUGAACCGGCAGCAGAGGCAGAAGGUGCUGGGGAAGGCCUGGAGCGUGCCAGUCAUCCGUCACCUGUUUGCUCCCCUGAAGGACUAUUUUGCCUGCGAGGAGCUUCCUCCUUUGACCACCUCCAACUCCAGCCCCUCUCCGUCCUCCCCUGCGUCCCCAGAACUGGAGCAGCUGAGAUAAAGUGGAGUUUGGCAAUGUUUUGUAUAAUAUAGUUUGUAUGUUCUAUAAGAAGUCAGUGGAGUACUAAUGAACUAUGCAGUCUCUCUACUUUGAGCUCACAGACAGGCUUUUGUGGAUCCCUGACACACGGACGAAAGGCCUACACACUUGAGUCUGUGUGCACAGCCAACAAGUCACUUCGGCUUCCAAGCCUGCAGAAGAUGCUGCUCCAGCUUCUACAUCAACUCUGUAGCUUUUCCUACCAAAUCUUUCCACCUACUGAAGACGCUGCCAAUCCUCCCUGUUUUCAAAGGCUAAAAGAGUCCAGUGGAUAGCAGGGACAUAGUGGCAUCACUGGUCAUUUUGUAUUUCCUUUUUACACUUGUCUCUGGUAUGUCUGUGCAGGGAGAAGGUUUAUCAGUCAUGUCUCUUGAGGAAAUAUCGUCGUGAGCAUAGAUUUAAUCGUUGCACAUAUGGCAUAAACCCCUGAGCUUUUUACGUAUUUUAAAAAAAUGGAUGAAAAAUAAUGUUAGAAACGUGAGAUAUUUUUCUGUCAUAAGCUUGAUAUUUUAUUUAUGAAUGAAUUGUCAUUUGGGGCGUGAAUAAUGUUGAGCUGCCCAACUUUACCGUCAGAUUGGAAUGAUUGCUGUUUAAAUGAGAAAACCGGAACUGUGCACACAUCUGUCAGUAGAUUAAAAGGAUAAGUGCAUGUGCACGUGCACUGGAACUUUUACACCAACAAAACUGUGAUGGACAUAAGAGCCAACGUUUUCAUACUAAAGGUCUAGUUGACAAUUUGUCUAGCAGCUUUUUUUGUUAAAGUAGUAUUCGGUUUUGUGUCUUCAUCAGGGUAACUGAAAUAAAAUAAAUGGUCGGAUUUUUAAAGUUUUUAGUUUGUUUUUUUCAACAGAAUCAUAAUGGUUCAUUUGUAUAGUUAAUGUGUUUCUUUAUAUGCUACAAUGUUUUGUUAAGUUGUGAAUUUUUUUUUAAUGUUCAUUCUGUGAGGGCCCAUCCGAUCCUGUGUAUUGCAUCACAUACUGUGUUUCAAUGUUUGAGGGAAACAUUGUGUAUUUUGACAAAUGAAUGUGUGCAUUAAAUAAGUGUUAAACAAAUACAAUCUUAUUUUACUUAAGACCAUUCAAAUACACUUUCAACUUUAGGUUUGCUAUAAGGAUAAACAGUUUUAACUUCAAAUACCUUUUAUUUUUAUUUUAAUCCAUUUUAUAAAUCAUAUCCACAGUCAAUAAAAAUAGACAAGGAGAUUAAAGGUUUUACUUUUUGCAAAGCAAAAUAAAGGAGCAAGUACCAAA